UACAACUUCUUGUAUAUUCACCAUCAUCCAGAAUUUUUUGAGAAUGAAGAAUUUUGACAACAUUGAGAAACUAGGACUUGGUACCUACAUGCUGCAGGGUGAUGUAUUAAAGCAGGCUUUGGACUUUGCUUUGUUCUUGGGCUAUCGGCAUAUUGACACUGCUGCUUUAUACGAAAAUGAAACAGAAAUAGGCGAGGUACUUGGAGACAGGAUUCAGGCUGGGAAAUUAUCCCGGAAAGAUGUUUUCAUCACCACAAAAAUACCCAGUACUUGGCUCAGGAAAUCAGAUACCUUGGAAUCUGCUCACAAGUCCUUGGGUCAGCUGAAGAUGAAGAAUGUGGAUAUGCUUCUUAUUCAUCAUCCGUGGGGACAAGUGAAAAGAAAGGAAGGAGAAAUCGCCCCUUUAAUCAACAAUAGUACCGGAAAAAGUGAAAUUGAAAAUGUUGAUUUCUUAGAGACAUGGACAGCCCUGGAGUCUCUCUUCAAGGAUGAUUUUACAAAGAAUAUUGGCUUGUCUAACUUCACUAUAGGGCAGAUACAAAGAGUUUUAUCUGCUGCCCGAAUCCCACCAGCCAACGUUCAACUUGAGUGCCAUGCUUAUUACCAGCAGCAGAAGCUGAAAGCUUUCUGUGAUUCCAAUGACAUUGCGCUAAGCGCCUACGCUCCUAUUGGGGCUGUCAACAGACCUGACAUACAUAAGCACAACACAGAGAACUUAACGGAAGACCCUUUGAUCAUAGAACUAUCGGAAAAAUAUGAGAAAACUCCUGCACAGAUUCUUCUGAACUUUUUGCUGUGUAGAGGAUUUGCUGUGCUGCCUAAGAGCUCAAGCCCAGGACGUUUAGAGGAGAAUUUUAAUGCACUUAGUUUUGAACUCUCCGAAGAAGACAACAAGAAGAUCUAUACACUUGACAGAGGAGUGAGGUUCUACAACUUCUUGUAUAUUCAUCAUCAUCCAGAAUUUAUUGAGAAUGAAGAGUUUUGACAAUAUAGGGAAAUCAGUAAGACAAGAAUGUUCAAUGUUUAAUUGAACCAUUCUCUUUAUAAUAGGUACCUUUGCCUAUAACUCCUUCUAAUUAUCACUCUUCAUUUUGGCUUUUUCCUUCUGGUCUUUUCUUCUUAUUCCUCUUUCUUCUUUUUCUUCUUUUUCGGAUUCCUCUUCCUCUGUUUCUUCUUCUCCUUUUGACUCAACUCCACUUCAUACUCUCUUGUGAAAGUUCUGAUGGAAGAAAUACAGAGACGUUUUGUUGUUAAUAUUAGGUGCAUUGUGCAGUUUGAUUACGUUUAUAUUAUUUUUUAGAUAGAUGUUGUCCCCGGUAGCCUGUAUAUAUGUCAUCCCUCUUGAUCCACUGUUCCUUGAGAGUUCCCUUUUUUUUACCCUGUUAGGGACGUGAAGUCUUGAAAUGACAAACGUAACGAACACUACUUGCGGAUGAGACAUAAUAGAUAACUAUUCUAACAGAAGCAUGGCAUUACUAUUUGCCAUGAUAGUGCAUCUUAUUUCUUAACUAACUUGAAUCUGUCUUGCUCAAGCUCAUAAUAACCCCAUCAACCCACCCCUAGCGACCGUCAAUGUGUUCAAACCUGUGUUCACUUUAACGACUCUACCUUCCACUGCUGUCUUUUUAUAUUUACUCUGAGCUCAACACUGAGAAAAGCUGGGCCCAUCAUGCCAGCAAUGAAAUCAAUUUUGCUGUGCUUGAACUUGAAGUGACUUUUUCUAUUUUAAACAUUUAUCCUGAAUUGGUGACUGCCAGACGACAUGUUCAAGCCUUUAAGCAUUGCUGUUGUCAUACGUGUAUAAUAUAAUGGAAA